AUGGCACGUGCAGCAGUUAUUCCCGGCGUGUCGGCGUCAACGGACGCCCCUCAACAACGAGCAACGCGCGGACGGGGGCGGACACCUACUACUACAACUGCGAAAAUCGACGAAGUUAAGAAAGUGGAACCUGCGAAAAGAGGACGAAAACCUGGUAAAACUACAAUGGUCACUACGACGGCAGCAGCGAAGAAUAAGAAGAGUGUUACGGAGGACGAAGAAGACGAGGAUGACGAUUUGAGUUUCGAUGUGACGACGUCAACGGCUGCGACGACGAAGAAGAACACGAAAAGCGCGGCGUCAAAGAAUACUCGACCGACUCGACAGGUUGCUACUAAGGAAGUUGAAGAUAAUGCAUCAUCCUCCGAAGAAGAUGACGAACUUGCAGAUUUCGAAGUUACCAAGAAGAAAGCCGGAAGACCUACCAAAGCGAAAACUGCAUCAACCACGACCACAAGCACCAAGUCUACCCGCGGCCGACCGAAGACAGUUACACUUGAGAAACAGUCAAAAGAGCAGGACGUGGUUACAAACAAGAAGCCAAGGGGUCGACGCCCAGCUGCAAAAACAAAUGAUGACAACGGCAGCAAAACAGUAUAUGUGGCAACCGCAUCGGCGACAUCAAGUCUAGCAAAGGCUCGAACUCUGGAAGAUGCAGCUAGAAAGAAAAAGACGGUCACAUUUGCAGAUUUGACAGACUCGGAUGAAGAAAUACCAGAGGUAGAAGAGCAGAAACCUGCCAAAACCACUGGUAAGAAGGCAACAGCAGCUACAAAGUCGAGUGGACUCAAGGCCAAACCUGUCCGGAAGGCAGGAACCGCGACACGAGGUCGUCCACCCAAAUCUCAGGCCGCUGCUGUCAAGCCGCUUUCUCCUAAGAAAGCCACUCAAUUAGCAAAAGGGUCCUCUUCGUCGGCAAGUUCUGGAGAUGAAGAUGAGCUUGCACCCAAGAAGCCCGUUUAUUCGCUUGUUGUUCAGAAAUCGCCUGUUAAGACUCAAGAACCUCAACAUACGGGUCUCAGUUCACCGGUCAAGAGAAUAAUGCUACCUGGUCAGACAAGUACACCGGCACGAUCUCCUGUACGUCCAACAAGCCACCAAGACGAAAAUACAGUCCCGUCAUUGCAGAAUCCACAGCCAUCAUCGGCACAGCGCGAUUUGGUGCUUAUGGGAAGUCCUGCACGACGUCCUCCGCCUUCUACAUCCAAGGAAACCAUCAGAGAUACGCCACGACGUGGUCCGUUAUUUAUCAGUAAUCCCUCGGCUUCAAAACUUUCGAGCAAUAUGGAGGAAAAUUCAUUCCUGCAGAAGCUGUCCCCGCUAAAGAUUUCGCCCAAGAAAGGUGGUAACCUUGGGGUUUCGUUCAUUUCAUCCUCAGAGAAAGGGUCUUCCACACCAUUUAAUGCCAAGUUAUCACUGCUCAAGAGUCCGGCUAAAAGGAUUCAGUCACCAUUCGUAUUUCAGAAGGUACAUGAACAUAAGUCAUUAUAUAAAGAUUCAAAUGUGAAUGAUCAGGAUGUUGAUAUUGAAAUGCGUGACGAUGAUGACGUGUUUGGUGAUGAUGGCAACACUGAUCGGUCUCAUACUGCGGCUGAUGAGCUGAGUGAUGAUGAACGUUCAAUGGAUACAAAGGCAGCCCAAUAUGAUGACGACGAUGUGUUUGUUGAUCAUAAGGCGGAUGAACAAGAUCAUCCUAAGGAAGCAUCGGGUAUUGAGCAAGGAAAUGAAGACGUUGAAGACGACUCCCCUGAACUCGUGCAGAAUGUCGAACCCGCCGUCGAAGCUGGAGACGGAGACCUUGAGGAUCAGCUGGAGGACGAUGAACAAAAAGAUGUUGAAAUGUCCCAGGACAAACCUUCUGCUGGGAAUGACGAGGGCCAAGGUCAACAAGAAGUUCAUUCCCCUGAGAAUAUUCCGUUCAGUGAAGCAGAUGACCACGCUAAAAGUGAUGCAGAGAUGGAAGAGGAUAUUCCGAACGACGACGAGCACGAAAGUACGCCCGAGGCCGAUGAUGUGCAACCUGCUGAGGAAGACGUGCAGCAGACACCUGUGGAUGAGCAAAACACUACAUACGAGAAUAUUGAGGAACACGCAGUAGAGAUUGCAGAAUCUAACGAGGUGGUUAUCCACGCCGAGCCUGAGGAAGAGAAUGAUAAUACACCAACAGAAAUCGACACGUCUCAUUCCAAUGCACCCAUUCACUCGACUCGCUCUUCAAUUGCUUCACGUGAUGUAUUCGUCGUUGAUGAAGUUGACGAAGUAGGUAGCGCGUUAACUGAAGGAACCCCUCCAGCUGCUCCAUCACCGCCAAUCGUUUCUCCUAUCCGUCACUUCGGAAUGUCUUUUAGAGACCAGCGUGACGAUAUGAACUCCGAAUACAGUUCUACUCCAGCCAGCAGGCGACAGUCCAUCUUUUCCAGUCGCGAUAGCAUUCUUCCUGGUGCAGAUUCCGCAGAUGAUACUUUUACUUCGUUAGCUGCUCGACUGAAAUCAUGGAAUGCUAGCAGCCCUGCAAAACAGCGAAGAAAUCAGUCUCAAAAGAGCAUUUUCUCUCCUGUUGUCCCCAAGAACUUGACGACCCCGCGGCGGUCAAUGCAGGGAAACAAAUAUAGUCAAAUACAGUCAAUGCGACAGUCACUUGCGGCGAGACAUUCGUUGGCGAAUUCCGUGGCUAUGGAUGGUGAUGAGUCGGAUACUGUUGCUAGACAAUCUCCAAGGGGUGUCUCCGAUCCGGUUGUUGAGGCUGAAGUCUCACAAUCAGAAAUGGGAAAGAUGAAACCACAGGACAAACCGCAAACACCGGUGUCAAUGUCAAUCACCCCCGUCAGAGUCAAUCGUGAUGAGAUACGUACCGUGCACACAGUUUCAAAAGUGCCAUUGAAACCAGAGGCUGAAGGGUCGCCUAUCAAAUACCCGCGUAAACGGACCAGGUCGAUGUCAAUUGACAUUCAGCUCCCAAUCAGAGCUUCGCCGGACCGUCUCAAACUGGUUCCUAAGAGCCGAAAACCGACGCCUGAUUUUUCCUCUCCGAGCAAACGUGACCCAUUGUCCGAAAUAAAAAGCAAGUCAGAAUCCGAGGAUCGCGCAGCUCCCGCAUCCACAACAACCAGCCCUGUAAAGACUCCUCGCCGAGAGUCAAAGGCCGAACAGCAAUGUCUUCGUGGUGCAGUCGUCUUCGUGGACGUGCAUACCACGGAGGGAGAAGACGCAAGUGGCAUUUUCGUCGAGUUGCUUACGCAAAUGGGUGCAAAAUGCGUCAAGUCUUGGUCAUGGAACCCACGAUCGAGUCAAUCUCCCGGAGUUGAUGGUUCGGAGUCAAUCAACAACAGCAAAGUUGGUAUUACGCAUGUAGUCUACAAAGACGGUGGGGUACGUACAAUGGAGAAGGUACGACAAGCGGGAAACUUGGUGAAAUGUGUUGGCGUCGGGUGGGUGCUUGAUUGUGAACGAGCAAACAAAUGGAUUGAUGAAGCGCAUUACUACGUUGAUAGUACCAUUAUCCCUCGCGGAGGCGCAAAGCGAAGAAAAAGUAUGCAACCCCGUGCCUUGGCCAAUGUCAAUGGUUCUUUGAUGUCAUCUACAUCUACAUCUUCAUCUUCAACUUCCUCACUGUCAUCAUCUAUCGGCCCAAGCAACAACCCUCCCAACCGCCGCUCCCGCCAAAGUGACUGGGAGGAUACAAUGCAAGAUUUCCGACGAAUGAGUCCUACCAACAGCGUUAAUGAAAACGUACCCAAAACGCCAACCAACACUAAAACACAACGACCGGAAGACAACGACAAUGACGAAUCAGAGUACAAGUUCAACUUUAAUUUCGAUUUCUCCGCAAUGUCACCCACAACACCAGGUUUCCUGACUCAAAACUCAAGACUUGUGCAACAAACUUGUCCUCCGAAACAGACAAAUCAAGGCUUGUUUUCUUCCAUGUUAUUGAGCAAUAAUCAUGAUGAUGUUGGUGAGAUAUCGCCAUCGGUCGCGAAUCUUCGCGCAAAACUGGAAGCAGCGAGACGGAAGAGUUUGGCUUUUAAGCCAAAGUUUGGGAGUCCGUUGAGUCGGUCGUGA